UUUCCUGUGUGUACAAACAUUGUCAGUGCGGGAAUUGGCAUCGCUGCAGUAUCGUAACGCGUUUCACCGGGACGUUGGAUGUUACGCUUAGCAAAAGCCUCCAUUCCCUCAGUAAAACUCUAUGCUCAAGCUCGUGCCUUAGCCAGUGCAUGUGGUGCCAGCAUGAAAUAUUUGAAUGUAGCGGAAAAAAAUGAUGCAGCGAAAACGAUUGCCGGUUUGCUAUCCCGGGGUUCCUCACAACGUAGAGAAGGCUACUCUCCGUACAAUAAAAUCUACGAGUUCAGCUACAAUCUCCAUGGGCAAAACAUACAAAUGAUAAUGACUUCAGUGUCGGGGCACCUUUUAAAUUACGAAUUCCUGCCAAGCUUUCGUGGCUGGCAGAGCUGCAAUCCGGAGGAUCUGUUCGAUGCCCCCGUGCGUAAAAGCUGUCCCGAGCAGUACGAGAAAAUCAAAAAAACGCUCGAACGGGAGGUGCGCGGUUGCUCGGCACUGAUCAUCUGGACCGAUUGCGAUCGAGAGGGUGAGAACAUUGGGUUCGAAAUCAUCGAGGUGUGCCGUGCGGUGAAACCACAGCUGCGGGUUUUGCGGGCCAAGUUUUCCGAAAUCACUGCACCAUCGAUUAAGCGUGCCAUCGAGAAUCUGGUCCAGCCCGACGCUCGUCAAAAUGAGGCGGUCAACGUGCGCAGCGAGCUGGACCUGCGAAUCGGUGCCGCUUUCACGCGCUAUCAAACGCUGCGGUUGCAGAAAAUUUUCCCCCAGGACAUCUCGAACAAUCUGGUGUCGUACGGUAGCUGCCAGAUACCGACGCUUGGCUUCGUAGCGCAGCGGUACAAGGAGAUAGAAAACUUCAUCCCGCAAUCGUUUUGGAAAAUAAAGCUGACACACACGAUCAACGAAUUGACGGUCGAGUUCCAUUGGUCACGCAAUCGUCUGUUUGAUAAGCAGUGUUGCGAGGCGUACCUAAUGCUUUGCCAGCAGAGCCCAGUAGCGAAGGUAGUGAACGUUACCGAGAAGCCCAAAAAUAAAUGGCGACCUACCCCGAUGGAUACAGUGGAAUUGGAGAAGCUGGGUUCGCGAAAACUCAAGAUGAACGCCAAGCAAGUGAUGACGAUAGCGGAAAAACUGUACACCCAAGGUAUCAUCAGCUACCCUCGUACCGAAACAAACAUCUUCACCGGUGACAUGAAGCUGGAGCCACUCGUACAGGCCCAGGUUAGCAGCGAUCAGUGGGGUGCAUUCGCCGAAAAGGUGCUGCAAUGGGGCAUCAAUCCACGCAAUGGCAAAAAGUCCGAUCAAGCCCAUCCUCCCAUACACCCCACCAAACUGCCGACCAAUCUGUCCGGCGACGAAUGGCGCGUGUACGAGCUGAUCGCACGCCACUUUCUGGCCUGCGUUAGUCGCGAUGCAACCGGUUCGGAGACGAUCGUCAAUGUGAUCGUCGGCGAAGAGGAAGAGUUUACUGCCUCGGGCCUAUGCAUCCACGAGCGGAACUACCUCGAGGUGUAUCCGUACGAUCGCUGGAACGCAAAGGAAAUACACGCGUACCGCGUUGGGCACACGUUCGAGCCGACGGAGCUGGGUCUGCACGAGGGCGCAACGACCGCACCGAACAUGCUGACCGAAGCGGACCUGAUUGCGCUGAUGGAAAAGCAUGGCAUCGGCACGGACGCAACGCACGCCGAACACAUCAACACGAUCAAGGAACGGGGCUAUAUCGGCGAGCGGGACCGAGGAUUUCUUGUUCCCGGAACGCUCGGCAUGGGGCUGGUGGAAGGGUAUGAAAUGAUGGAACUGCGCCUGGCACAUCCGGAACUGCGGGCCGGACUCGAAGCGGAUCUGAAGCUCAUAUGCGAAGGGUGUAAAAAUCCUGCCGAAGUGCUGGCGGAACAGGUUGCCAAGUACAAGGAGGUGUACCGGACAAUGUCUCAGAAGGCACGGGCGCUCGAUCGUGCGCUGGGCCAGCGGUUGAACCAAACACCGCGAGAUCCACCGCCGGAUGGUGAUGGUGGUGGUGGCGGCGGGGGUGGCGCUGUCGCAGCAGUUGGAGCAUCUGCGGCACCCAUGAAAGAGGUCUGCAAGUGUCCCAAGUGUGGCAGCAAAAUGUGCGUCCGGUCGAAGCGUGACUCGUCCGGCUAUUACCUCGGGUGUAUCGCCUUUCCCGAGUGCAGGAACAACAUCUGGUUCGACGACGCGAUACGUGAGGUCAACGUGCUCGACGAAACGUGUGCCCGCUGUGGCAGCAAAAAGAUUGUGGUCAAGUUCCGCAGCGUACGGUUUUACGCUUUGUUGCAAAGCACGGACAUGGAGGAAUAUCGGUUCUGCAUCGUGUGCGAUGAUAGGUUUCGCAAUUUGUUCAACAUUAACGAGUCGAGCGUGCGGGUGCCUGCGGCCGGUGGUGCGCGUGCGACACCGAACAUGGGAUCGGUACCCGCAGCUAGCAACACGACAAGCUCUUGGGGUUCGGGAAGCUUAACGGAACGCCGAACAGCGCAAACUUCCUCCAACACAACCACAAGCAGCGGAAUCGGACGCUCGAACAGUACGUCUGGCUCUAGUUCCUGGGGGACGGGACAAUCCGGCAGCACGACCAGCAACUGGGGUGGAAGUCAGUCGUCUAACCGUGGCGGAGGAUCAUCAUCUACCUGGGGCAAACCGGCAAACAAUCGCAACGAUGGUGCGAGCCAGAAGCGUAGCAGCGGCUUUGGCGAUUCAAACCCUCCGCGGCAAAGUUCCUGGAAAAGUACGUCCAACACUUCAAGAGUUGGUAACGAUGGUGGUGGUGGUGAUGCCGAGAUUAUGUGCCGCUGUGGUACACCGGCGUCACGGUUUACGGUAAAGAAGGAUGGUCCGAACAAGGGAAGACCGUUCUUCUCCUGCCCCAAUCAGGCCAGCUCGUGUGGGUUCUUUAAGUGGGGCGAUGAAAACAUGCCUCCAACGACGUCGGCAUCGGGCAGCGGGUCGGUCGGUUGGGGCUCUGGAGGCACGAACUCGAGCGGGUCCAGCUGGGGACGCAGCAGUAACGAUACUACGAACAAGGCGACGAAAACGAGCCGCAAGUGUGGCAUCUGUCGACAGGAAGGCCACACGAAAAACAAGUGUCCGCAACGGGGCGAUUCAACCGAUUAUUGAUCCAAUAAAGCAAUAAGUGCCAAAUGAAACCAUUUCAAUAAAAAUGGUUUCAAAUUUUAAUAUAAAACUGUU